GAAGAGGAGUCAUGUUUCUGAGGAGGAGCAGUCGUCCUGCUGUGCUCCGUGUCAGGACGUCCUGAAGGAUCCAGUCUCCACCAGCUGUGGACACUGGUUCUGCAGACAGUGCAUCACCUCAUACUGGGACCAGUCUGGUUCUUCAGGAGACUCCUCCUGUCCCCAGUGUGGACAAAGAUCCAGAACAGGAGCUGGAGCAGAUCGUGGUCUGCAGGAGGUUUCAGAUGAACAUAAGCUCAGUCUGAGGAGGAGAUGUGAACAUGUGACUGAAGGAAGUGAUGAAACAGGAAGUAGAACCCUCCUCAACAGGAUCUACACUGAGCUCCACAUCACAGAGGGACAGAGUGAAGAGGUUAAUACUCAACAUGAGGUGAGGCAGCUUGAGACGGCUUCCAAGAUGAAGAUCCUCCAGGACACUCCCAUCAAGGUCCAGGACAUCUUUAAAGCCUCCACUGACCAGCAGAGCAGCAUCAGAGUCGUCCUGACCAACGGAGUCGCUGGCGUUGGAAAAACCUUCUCGGUGCAGAAGUUCACUCUGGACUGGGCAGAGGGUUUAGAGAACCAGGAUGUGGGUCUGCUGGCUGUGCUUUCGUUCAGGGAGCUGAACCUGGUGAAGGACCAGCAGCACAGUCUUCUCACGCUGCUCCAUGUUUUCCAUCCAGCGUUACAGAAGCUCACUGCAGAGACGCUCGCUGUCUGUAAACCUUUGUUCAUCUUUGACGGCCUGGAUGAAAGCAGACCUUCUCUGGACUUCAACCACAGGGAGCUUGUGUCUGAGGUCACACAGAGGUCAUCAGUCAACGUGCUGCUGACAAACCUCAUCCGGGGGAAUCUGCUUCCCUCGGCUCUCGUCUGGAUAACCUCCAGACCCGCGGCGGCCAAUCAGAUCCCUCCUGCAUGUGUUGACAGGGUCACAGAAGUACGAGGCUUCACUGAGGCCCAGAAGGAGGAGUACUUCAGGAGGAGGUUCAGUGAUGAAGAGCUGUGCAGCAGAAUCAUCUCACACAUCAAGACGUCCAGGAGCCUCCACAUCAUGUGUCAAAUCCCAGUCUUCUGCUGGAUCAGUGCUACAGUUCUGGAGCACAUGUUGACCACAGACCAGAGAGGAGAGCUGCCCAAGACCCUGACUGACCUGUACUCACACUUCCUGCUGGUUCAGACCAAGAGAAAGAACAACAAGUACGGUGAGGGACAUGAGACGACUCCACAGCAGCUGACGGAGGCUGACAGGGACGUUCUCCUGAAGCUGGGGAGGCUGGCACUUAAACAUCUGGAGGAAGGAAACAUCAUGUUCUACCAAGAAGACCUGGAGCAGUGUGGUCUUAAUGUCACAGAGGCCUCGGUGUACUCAGGAGUUUGUACUGAGAUCUUCAGAAGAGAGUGUGUGAUCUUCCAGAAAUCAGUCUACUGCUUUGUUCAUCUGAGCGUUCAGGAGUUUCUGGCUGCAGUCUACAUGUUCCACUGUUACACCGAGAGGAACACAGAAGAACUCAACAACUUCUUGAGAACAUAUGUGGACACAGACAGUACCUUCUCCCUGGAAGACCUCCUGAAGAGAACCAUGGAGAAAUCCCUCACCAGUACAAAUGGUCAUCUGGACCUGUUUGUUCGCUUCCUUCACGGCCUCAGUCUGGAGUCCAACCAGAGAGUCUUAGGAGGCCUGCUGGGUCGGACUGGGAACAAUCCAAAUAUCAUCCAGAGAGUCUUAGGAGGCCUGCUGGGUCGGACAGAGAACAAUCCAAAGAUCAUCCAGAGAGUCAUCAACAACCUGAAGGAGAUGAAGAGUGAUGACAGUUCUCCUGACAGAAGCAUCAACAUCUUCCACUGUCUGACUGAGAUGAACGACCACUCAGUUCAUCAGCAGAUGAAACAGUUCCUGACGUCAGAGAACAAAUCAGAGGAGAAACUCUCUGGGAUCCACUGCUCAGCUCUGGCCUACAUGCUGCAGAUGUCAGAGGAGGUUCUGGAUGAGUUGAACCUGAAGAAGUUCAACACAUCAGACCAGGGUCGAUGGAGACUGAUCCCAGCUGUGAGGAACUGCAGGAAGGCUGAGUGAGUCCAGACAUGAUCAAUAACAUGUUCUGUGUGUGUGUGUGUGUGUGUGUGUGUGUGUGUGUCUGUGUGUGUGUGUGUGUGUGUGUGUGUCUGUGUGUGUGUGUGUGUGUGUGUGUGUGUGUGUGUGUCUGUGUGUG